AUGCCGCUUUUAGGGAAGAAAUCUUACAAGCCAAGCCCGUUUCCGAAUGAUCUGAAGUCUGAGGAAGAGGUUUUUGCCAUCAAAGAGACGAAUGAAGUCUUCAGGUCGUACGAGUAUCCUUAAAUAACGUCUGCAGGACCGCGAAGAACAUUAGUAACAAUGUCUUCUGUAGCGGAUAGGUAGUCACUCGAAUACAUUGUAGACGAUUUUUGAUGGGCUUUCCUCGUGAUAUGUACCUUGCAAAAUUAUUACUGAACCCAUCAUUCAUUUAGACUUACCUCCAAAACGGAUAAAGCAUUUUUAACGGAACAUUUCUUGGGGUGAUUAAGUAAAUUUGACCAGAAUCUUAAUACCAGAAUUUUCUCGUUGAUCUGUGCAACUAGUGCGUUAGAAUUACUUCUUGCGAGCUAUCACCCCGUAAUAUCUCUCUGCAGGUAGUCGUGACUUCCGUUCGGCUACUAACCUUGUGUAAAUGCAGUAAAUGAUAAAUCGUAGAUCAAACCACAAGGGUUGUGUAACUGAAACCUACACAUUUACAAUUUCAAGAAAUUAUAUCUAUUGUAAGAGAACAGUACUUCAUGUUUCAGUGAGAUACCUGGCAUAGUUUUUAUUGGUGGUGAAGUAUUUAGCUGUAUGAAAAUGAAUUUCGUAGAUGCCCAGUCAAUGGGGCUACCAAUGGUUAAGUUUUGUGCCUUUUUAAUCCUUUACCCAAUCCCAAAGAGGAACUAGCAAUGGUAUCACCCCUGAAUCAACCACUUGGGUCACAAGAAUGAAGGAAACGAUCACCAACUAAAUAUUCUCUUGAUUAUUACACAAAUCUUCUUGUCACCAACUUAGGAAAAGUAUAGACAUCAGAAAGGCCAAUAUGCAUUUUAAUAUUAGGAUGUAAAGGGUUAAGGGUUUUUUUUUUUUGACCUAUCUUGCUGUUUUUAAAGUGUAUGACAGACCAUCCUAGUAACAAAGGGAGCAUUUUCAUUUGUAUGAAGAUCACAUUAUCAAGGCCUUGCAAAUUGGUUGUUUGCAUGUAGUGCAUAUUUCCUUUACGCAAUCAAGUGAAUAUGUAAACCGUAUCCUUUUGUAUGGAUUUCAAAUCUGGAGCUGUCAGUUUACCGGUAAAACAAACCUGAAGUAUGAAGAAGCUGUAGCAAGUGAAGAACAGGCGCUGAAAAGACUAGAGAGCUUUCCAAAGUAUUUUGAGAAAACAGUUUUGCAGAUUGUGCAUCACAGUAAGUACAUUGUAUAAGUAUGUGCUGUAUAAGUAUGUGCUCUCAUCACUCCUUUCAUUAAAUAUUAUUGAAGUUCUAGAUUGCAUUUUAAUUAGAUGAACCUGACUCUUUUUAUUGUUAACCCUCUAACUCCCAUAAGUGACCAAGACAGAAUUUCUUGUCACAAGAUCAAUACAAUAUCAAGCAGACAUGUGACAAGAAUCAAGAAAUAUAUCAACAACCAGAUUAUUAGUUGAUUUCAUACCAAAUUUUCUGAACUCACAUCAGAAAAUUGCUGAUGAGAUCAUUGGAGUGAAAGGAUUAAAAGAUCAUUGUGCCUUUUCUCAUGAGUUACUCAUAUUAAGAUCUUAUUGAAGGCUGCAAAUAAAUGUGUGAAUUGGAACUCAGGAGGGUCUGUUUUAGUUGACUUACAAAGUGAGAAGCAAACCAAAACUUAAUCUACCCAUGGCAGUUACUUGGGCACAGGUGAUUAAACUGAUAACCAUUUUCUAUAGGUACAAGAACACUGCAAACUCUGGUACAAGAGUGUUACAAACAACUGGAAAAAGAAUUUUUGCCAAAUGAACCAGUAGAGUGUUUGGUCAAUGGGAAAUGGUAAGUCGUGAGUCAGACUUAAACUUGGGUAUCAAACAACUGUUCACCAAAGUGAAGGUGGCUAAUGUUGGAUAUUUAGUGAGCCAAAAAGCGGCAAGGUAAAUAUUGACCACUAGCCUUCAACUCUAAGUACACACUAAAACAGUAUAUAGCCAAAAAAGUUGAUAUUAACUAAUUUAUACCUGCAACGAUUACAACAUUUUUAGACCCAAACCACGGCAAGUUAGUUGAAUGUGAAUAGUGAAGGAUAUUGAGAGUUUGAGAAGUGAAUUAAUCAGAGUACAUGUUCAAUGUUAUGCACUGUUGAAGUAUGUAUAAAUAGCUGAUAAUGAUGGUUCAUUCCACUUUUUUUCAAUUAACUUUUCAUUUUUUGUUAUAAUUUUUUCCUCCUUCCACCCAUCUCAGGCUUCUAGGAAAAAUUUUGCAAAUUCACCACAGAGACAAGCAUGAAAAUGUAAGUUAUUUUCAGGAAAAGGCAAAGAGACAGUAUAGGUGUGAAAAACCUGGAAAGUAAAUAUAAUUUAAGUUUGGGUCAUGAAAGAUUAUGGGGAAAGACUGAAAGGUUUAUUCUAGGAAAAUGAAGCAAGAUGUACUGGGAAUUCAAAGAUGGUUUUUGCUUUAUCUUCAAACUAACUUAAUUAUUAAUACCAACACAAGAAAUUAAAUUAAUUAACUCAUUUUCAGAGCACUGAUAAAACAUAUGACUUUGAAUCUGGUGAGAUACAUGACUGCUUGAAGAGCAUUCCACCGGAGGAAAUCAGGUAAGAUAUAGUAUCUCUCUGUGUUCAGUAAAUACAAUCUUAAAGCUAUGAAGAGUGAAAAAUUUAUUUCUCAAACUGAAUGUCCUCAGUGUUCCCUUAUGAUGGAACUUCAAACAUUUUUGACAAUUUGUGUGAUUAAAAGAAAUUAACUUUACAUGAUAUUGGUAAUUUGAGUGAUAUUCUAAUCAUUUACACAGAAAAGGCUAACAUCUAAUUUAAAAUAUUAAAUUACCGCUUUAAAUUGUUUGUAAAGCAUCAUAUUCAUUACUUUUUCCAGAAUAUUUUAUUGUCAAAUGGAACCAUUUGACCAGCAGUUAGUUUUAACAUUUUACUUGUUUGUGUAUUAUUGCAAUGUCAAGGAAAUUAAAAAUACUUCUGCAUGAUCAAUGAAAAUGUCUCUUCUCUUUCAUCCUUUAGGAGCUGUGGCCAGAAAUUAAUUCUUUCCAUUGGUAGCUACAUGUAUAUCUAAGUUUUACCUUUUUUUUCUUUUAAAAGACGUGUUAAGAAAAUCCCGUCAGAAGAGUUGCUUAAAUGCUUCAUAUGUGUCAACACCCAAAACCCUUGGAGGAGUGAUAACAGCCCUUGGGUGGUUAAGGUAUUUCUUAAAUGUAGUCACUUCAUUCAGAUAAAAAAAUAAAUAAAUGAAUGAGCCACAUGGCAAAGAACUUCACUAGCCACUUGUUGUGGCCGGUGAAGUGCAUAGGCUUUGAGCUCUUGUAUACAACUGUGCAAUAUCUUUUCAUUAUUGCUAUUUUUCAGAGUGAUAUGGCAAAGAAGUAUUCCCUUGCUGAAAAAUAUAAUGAUUUCUCUUUGGUAUUGGGCAAGGUAUGUUUUAUAAUUUAUUUUUUACAAUUUACCUAACCUUAAUUAGAGGUCUCAAUAAUUUUGAAUACCCACUUUGUCUUUUACUUCAGACACUGUUCUGCUUUCAAAAAAUGUCUCAACAACUCAUUUGGCUGUCAACAGAAAAACCAAUUACACAAACCAGUUGAAACUUAAACUUAAAAGCCUUUAACCCCUAAGAGUGACUAACAUCUAAUUUCUCUUUACAAUAUCAUCCCUGAAUCAAAAAUUGAGGUCAUAAGAAUAAAUGAAAUGAUCACCAACUAAAGAAGCUCUUGAUUGCUGAACAAAUUCUCCUUGUCAGCACCUUAGGAAAUGUAUAGAGAACAGUAUGGAGAAUAUGUAUACUGAUGUUAGGGUGCAAGGAGAUGAGCUUUGAGGCUUGGAAAUAAUUUAGGAAAGCAAGUUAGUUGCAUCAGCACAAUGAAUCUUCAGCUUAGAGAGUGAAUUUGAACCCACAGUUUGGUAAUUGCCUUGAUUUUUUCAGAAAACAACACCUUUGUCUAAAACUCCCUCAAAAGGCCACAAGAGCAACAAGAAACAAAAAAAGGAGAAAACUUCUGACAAGAACACAUCACAAGGGAAGUCCCAAGUGAAGAAGACUGGCUUUAUGCAGAAAAAACUUGACUCCUUUAGAACAAGCAGUAAUGGCAAAGAUAUCACUAUGAGCCUAGCAAAGAUGUCUGACAAGUCGCAUAAAAAGGUAACACCAUCAAAGAAGAACUUCAUCGACAUUUGUUCAAGUCCUGAUAAAGAUAAUGACAAGACACCAUCUAGUCAACUGCAUGGUACUCCAAUUAAAUGCAGAUUGGUUCUAACACCUAUCAAAUCACCUCAAGUUACAGCUGCAAAGAGUAUCACUCCUGAAAGAAGUGUUGUAAGUAAAGACAACAUAAACAUGAAAAAUGUGGCUGUUGGAGAAACUGCAAAUGAUGUUGUCAUCACAGGUUGUAAAACAUCACAGACAUUUUUCUCUCAGCCAAGUAAAAAAGUCAGGAGUUCUCCUAAACAGGACAAAUGUGAAAAGUCCCGAGAUGGUAAAGGGGUGUUGAACAAGAAAUCAACAAAGAAAGGAAACAUUUCAAAAAAAUUAUCAAUAGUUAAAGGUACUAGCCUGAAGGAGAAGAAGCUUACUUAUGCAAUGGAAUCAGUAAAAAAGAAGGCAAAACUAGAUGUUUGUGUGCCAGAAGUGGAGUCAGUGAUUGUGGACAAUGAUUCUGAUAAGGAUUUUCAAUCCUCUUCUAAUAAGGUAAAGUUUGUGCAUGGUUGUCAAAUAAAGAAAGAUGUUAUUCAUUUUUUCAUGAAUUCAGGACAAAGAAGAAUUCAGGUCCCCAAUGUAAUUUUGAGGAAUCAAACCUUACACCUUCUGAUUUUGUUUUUAACAUUUGGUAGAGCAGUAGAAUUCAAUUCAAAGCUCUGAGGUUUGACUUUAUAUGCUUGGGGGGACUCAGAUUUUUCCUUUUUCCCAUACUCGUGACCAGACUAAUGACACCUUUUUUCUUUUUCAAAAUUUUUUUCUUAACACAUUUGUUUAUUUAUGCACUUGACAACCCAGUGGGUCAUCUUAAAAUUGAGUUGAAAUCCUUGAUUUGGACUUCUGUUGGCGUCACCUGACUGUAGCUUUUCCUUCAUUACCUUACAUGUCCUGUCUAAUAAAGAAACCAAAAUUAAAAUGAACCUCAGUACCUCAGCCUUAGAAAAUGGUUUUUCAGGGGUAAGCUCUAGCUGAGGUUUGAAUACAUGUAACAUUUUGACCAGUGGCUGGUGAUGGUGGGAUAGGCAGCUUUGUGUAUGACCAUUAAAUUACUGUACAAAUCUGGGAUCAUGUUUUCUGUAUGUUGGUCCAUGUGUCAACCAACAGUCAAUUAAAGUGUUGGCCAACAGUCACCAAGUAGUCUCCCAAGAAUUGACUCACCAGAUAGAUGAAUAAAGGGGGUAAGUUUUGAGAAAAAACUGUGGUACUGCAUCAGUGGAGGAGGAGGGUGGUUAAUAUAAGAUAAUUUGGUAUUAUCAUUUGAGUUGAUAAUGUAAAUUGACCGCUGUAAAGAGUUUUUAUAGCUGACAUUUGAGCAUUAGCCCUUCAUCAGAGCAAAGGGGCUAACACUCCAAAUGUCAGUUUUUAGAAAGUCUUUGCAUUGGCCAAUUUACAUAUCAAUCAUCUCAGUUACAAAAACCAAAUUAUCUAGACUCACCUACCUGGUAAUAGAGACAAGUUGGCUGAGUAUCUGUUGACAUAUUUAUUAAUAUAAACUGAUCCAGGGGUUGUCUGUCUGCUGUCUGACACUAUCAAGCUACUUGGUUUUCCUUGGCUUCACUGUAGAUAUUGUUUUUCCUUUUCUAAGAUUCCAGCCAAAUUGAAGCAAUCAAGUGGAAAAAUGAGACAAAGAACAUUGUUGGACCUCACUAAGAAGCCUGAAGAAGAGAAGGUUGCAUUCCUGUCUUCAAAGAUGACAGCCAAAAAACAGAAAACUUUGGCUGAAAUGUAAGGUUCAUGAUUUUAUGAUUUCCCAAUCAUAAUUUUUUAUCAUUUCAUUUGAUUUGGCCCAUAUUUAGCCUAAUUAGAUGGUGUGUUUAUAUUAAAAUUCAUUUGACUGUGUUAUAAUUAACAUAUUGUUGUUUUUGAACUAGUGUUACAAAUCAGUUAUUCAAAAUUUUACUGAAUAUUGCAAAAUGGAAUCAAGAAAAUAUUCAUCAAACUGGUAUGAUAAUCAUAUCUUUGUGUAGGUUUAGUGCUGCCUUCAGGAAGGAGAAACCAGACCAGGCAAUAAAUGCGUUAAUUCGGAAAACAGCUAAAGUAGUGUCUUCACCAAGCUGUCUUGCUCUUGAUCUUUCGACUCCUCAACGGGAUCAUGUCACAGAGAAAUGGCAUGCACAUAAAGAAAGAUUAAACAGGUACUACAACUCUAAGUAAUUACUAACAUUUUAAUCCUUUAACUUCUAUGAGUGAACAAGGGGUAAUUUGUCUUUACAACAUCAGAAUAAUGUCAAACAGACAAGUGAUGUGAAAAGAAAAUUAUUAUCAAAUCAUGGAUUAUUAGUUGAUCUAGUACCAAAUUCUCCAAACUAAUAUCAUAGGAAUUGUAUGACAGAUAGUGAGGAGAAUUACCACUGAGAUCUAUGAGUGAAGGGUCAAGGGUUCCAGAAAGUAAGAGGUUACAGUGUAAUUGCUGUUUUCUUGUGUAUUUCAGGAAGUUUAGUUCAAAGGUAAAUGGACUUUUGAAGGUAAGGCUGAUCCUCAAUAUCAAGUUCUCCUCCUUUAUGAUCAGUGUAGUUGCUUGGAAGACUAGUAUAUGAAUUGCUGGAGAUUGGUUAGCCAAUCAGAAUGUAGGAUUCUUUUGCCUGCUAUCUUAGCUUGUCACAUAAUAAAAAAAUAGGUGCUAUCAAAGUGUGAGGAAAACUUUAGGAACUGGUGUAGGUUAAGGUCCCAUUAGAAACUGAUAAGCAGCAGAAACAUAGGCUUUCAACCUAUGUUGCUUUCACUUAAUGAAACUGUGAUGAGAGACAGAAAUUAAGUAUUUUUGAACUGAUUGCAACACCAAUGUCUGGCUUAAAAUGUCCAAGAAUGCUGAAAAUCACAUUUCAGAAGAGCUUCAAAUUUUUCUGAGGGAUCUAGCCUCCAGAUCCCUGAGAGGGGGGUAUUGCAAAGCAACACAUAUUGCAUGCUAUGCAAGUAUAGUUCAACCCACCUAGUAACAUGUACUCAGUUCAGAUCAAACAUAUAUUACAUUUCCCAAUGACAACCCUGAAGUCUAGUAGCCUUCUAGAAGAAAUAGCCAUACUCCUGGUCACUGACUUUAAGCUAGGUGGAAUAGGAUGUACACAUUCUAAUAUGCAUAAAAUAUGUCAUUUUUAUUUCUUCAGAAAUGUGAAGACAGUGAUCUCAUAGAUGCUAAACCUCUCCCACUUUGUAAACCAGUGAAUGUACCCAUGGAAAUCACAGCUGAGAUGUUUGGUGAUAUAGCUAUGAUAGCAGACUUUGUGCAUACCUUCUGUGAUCUUCUUGCUCCUCGGGAAACUCUGCAUAUCUCUAUUGGUAAAUAUCAAAAUAUUGAUUAAAGGUUUUUUUGCACCCAGAGCAAUUUUCAAGUGGUAGUUGAAAGAUAUCAAGAGUUUCUUUGGUUUUGCUUCACAUGACUAUUGUAGCAAUUGGUUGUUUUGACUUUGAGAUCUCAUUGGUUCCUUGUGAUAUUUGUCUUUCUUCUGAUUGGAAGUUGUGAUUACUUUCAUUGGUGUUGACUUCAUGACACUCAAUUGAAACAUGCUCUGAGUGUUACAAAAAGAAUUGAUGAUUCUGAUCUGAUCUUAAAAUAAUCUGCAUAUCAUUUUAAGUCAUUAUUUUGACAAAAUGUGGGGAACCUGGCCUGAACUUUGAAUCACAAGCUCUGAGACCUUUCUUUCUUUUUUUUUUUUUUUUUUUUCUUGCAGAUAAUUUAUCACAGGCUUUGGUAUCUGGCAAAGAAGGCUUUCCUCUGCUUUCAAGAAUCUUGGUUGUCUUCCUUCAGAUUUUACUGCAAGAUAGGUCCACCAAGGUAAGUUCUGAAAGGAGAUCAAGUAGAACAAAACAAAAAAGCUGAAUUUAGUUGGACGGUUCCAAGCUCAAACUUAGUUGAGAGGUGGAAAAUAUUGAGCAAAUGAUGCAUGGCAGUGUUUGUUGAAACAUCAGCAACACUUCAGUCAUCUUUUUGCCUCUUUUACCUCAUUUUCUAAGUUGAACACGUCAAUCAUAGUUUAUAUGCAGUACAUAACUGUAACAACCCAAGUCACUCCAUCAACCAGUGGAGGAGUGGGUUGGAAAGGAGAAAAAACAGCCAGCUUUGGUAGUAUGAGAUAACACAAAUGAAAGUACUUGACAUACCCAAAGGAGCUGUGAAACGUCAUUAGCCCCUCCUGGAACUAUCCUGGUAGUAAAUAUAACAUGGCAACCUGACUUGAAUUGUUUUUAGUCUAACUUUGCUUAUGGUCAAAAUCAAUAACCUCUAGGCAUGUCAUAUUAGGCUUUUGUUUGUAUAUGAUUGCCACUAGAUUACACUUUUCCAUACAAUUACAAAUUAAUACUAAAUAUUUUGGAACAUUCUCCAGGGUUUAGAAUUGGGUAUGGACCUCUCAGAAAUGCCCUUGACACAGCACACAGCAUCUGAAAUCUCAAGACUCUACUUGAAUGCCAAACUUAAGAUGUUGCCAGCUUUUGAAGAGGAUAAACAGCUUCAAGGAAUACUGGAAUCACUAGAACAGAAAGAUUUCCAUCUCUUUAAUCCUGAAGAAAAGGCAAAGGUAUCUACAACAUUAAACUGAAUUACAAUAAUUAUAUCAAUCACCAAAGUAUUUUUCAAGUAAAUGUCUAUGUUUUGCUCAUUGUCUUCAUUUGGCAGUGCAGUUUAGAACUCUCCUGCUAAAUUUUGACAGCUUGAGCUUUAUUUUUCUUUUCAGACACAGAGAAUAUUCUUCUCAUAAUUUACAUUGUUCUCCUGGUCUUACCUUUUUAAUAGAAACUUGUUUCCGUCAUUGAAUCGUGUCCUGUUUAAUUUAGAUCCUGGUUACCCUGUGCCAUGAGGUUUUGUCAUCAAAUGCUGUUGAUGAUUACAUAGGAAGUCAACUCACAGAGGCCACAGAAUUAAGGUGGAGAUGAACAAUAAGACUGGUUUAUGUUAUCAACAGAUUAAAUUUCCAUGUUUUGCAAAUUUGUUUUAAUUUACCCCUUAAUCUUAAGAUCUAUUUGUCAAUUCUCUAUGCUAUUUAUUAAACAUUUCAUAUGAUUUUCAUUGUGAAAAUUUGUUGUCAGAUCAAAUGAUAUACCAUCAAAUUGCCAGAUUCUAAUAAUGAGUUCUGUAGUCUUGAACAGAACCUUUCACUUGGCUGUUAGUAUUUGGGUAAGGCAGAUCAGACAAUUCUCUAGUAAUUAUUUCACUGAUCUCUCCAGCUAAACUUGAAAACUUGUUGCAAAAGCUUCGUGCAGUAGAAGACUAAAGCCAUUUGAACAUACCUAAAAUUAAUGCUCAAGUUUUUACUAUUUUCUUAAUAUACUGGGAUUUAUUUGAAGGAAACAAAAGCAAGCCAAGCAAAGGGAGAAGAAUGAUAAGAUACGAGAGGAAAAGGAGAGGCUGAGGAAAGAAAAAGAGGAGAUGGAAAAAAAGAAAGAAGAAGAAGCAAACAAAAAGGUACAAAGAUGGAAGUAUGAAGGAAAAGAAUGUCUGUCCCCUCCAUUAUUUUAAGAGAUAUUACCAUUGAAUUUUUUAUGUUAUAGUAAAUUGUCUGGCUCGAUAAGAUUGUUAAGUUCUUUGAUGACAGACUGUAGCCACUCAAACCUCCCCUUACAGCUACCUCUCUCCAGCAACUACUUUUGUUUCUGUCCUGGAGGACAGUUCAAACAGUCACUCUUCUUUGAGCUCAUGCACUUGUGAUCUUUAAGUGAAUAAACUACUAAGACAAUAUCUUAUCACUGACAGCUGUUUACCUAUUUUUUACCUUAAACUUAGUACAUUUAUUUUUUAUUCCAGCAACUCAAGGUGGAUGAGCUAAGUAUGAAAGGUGAAAAAUAACAUGUAGAUACAUUUUUUGUAACCCUGAUUUCUUAAUGUGAUGGCCCAUGCAAGGAGAAGCAUAUCUGCACAUUAUUUCUGCCGUUGGAUUGUAAUUUGUAAUUUGCAAGUUGUAUUCAUUGCAUUUAGGUUAAAUUUUUCAUUUGUGAUUGUCUUAAUAUGAACCACUGUUAAAACAGCUGUAAGUAGAUUUUAAUCAAUGUACUAAAUGUGUUGUUAGCAUAGUAAUAAUAGUGCAAAAAAUAUGGAAAGAGCAAAAAAUUUUACUGAAUAGUGUUUGAGUGUGUAUGUAGUUUACUGCAGCUAAUUAGUUUUGUUUCCUUGAUGAAAAAAAAUAAUCCAAACUAUAAAUCAUCACUUGAUAUGAGUUUCCAUGUGUUAAAAGCACUCAGGGAAAUUAAUAUCUGUUUUUGUCUUUGUAGACACUGGAACAGAGUGUGUCACUUCAGAACCCCUUGGUUGUGGUCCAGAGAUGGAGAUAUCCAACAAAAUGGAGGAGAAGAGAGAAAAACAGAAAAGUGAAGUUUCCCUGAGAGCAGAACAGGACAGGCAGAGUUAUGAAGUUGUUGAAACUUUGAGGAAAAGAAGAGAAGACAUGGCUGCAAAAGACAUCGUCAAUGAAAAGAAACUAAAAGAGAAGGAGGAGAGGUAACGGAAUAAACCAGCAGAUUGUGCAUUCACUAAGAUGCAGCAUAGAAAUCUCUCUUCCCACGAUGGUAAUCUGAACUGAAUUUAAGACAAGACUUUUUUUUCUCUUAAUUUAGACUUGCAAAAGAAGAAGAGGAACAGUUGAAUGUAAGUAUGCAUAGUUGUUUAGAGUAGAGUCUAUUUUGAUUGACUAUCAUAGAACCAAAUGGAAGUGGAAGCUAGUUGUCCUGUGCUCUUGUCAAAUUGUUGUUACCUGUCUGUGUCUUACAUUGACCUUGAAUACUCUUUUUUGUACAUCAGUUGGUCUCAAAGACCUACACUGAGCUUUCACACUCUGUAGAAGCUCUAAAACUUAUCUGUUGUCCCUGAUAGUUACCCAUUUCAUUUACAUCAAACUUUAUAAUUCCUAUUUCUUGUUUAGUCUAGGAGUUUGAAACUGGAACAUGACCUAAAUUUCCUUGAAUUUGUCUAUAGGAUACCUUGUGACUUCUAACAUUAAAAAAAGAUUAAAUUUGACUUCAAUUCCUCUCUUCUCAGCUGAACAUGGCUCAGUGUCUGUAUUCUUUGAGAUUAAAACCCAUAGGAUGUGAUCGCAACCAUGGCCGUUAUUGGGUGUUCAAUGGUGUGGCACCAGGGGUUUUUGUAGAGCACGGUUGGAGAAAUUUAGAGGAUCUAGCAAUACCCACUAAGGGUGUUUCUAAAGUGGAGAAAGAAGUUGGAGACACUGCAGAUGCAACCAUUGAAACAGAAAAUAAGAGAGAACUGUGUGAAGAGGGAAAUGACAUUGAAAUGGUAGAAGAGACUAAAGUUGAAAGAAAGAUGGACUCUUGUGCUAAAGAUAAUGAAAAUGAAUCAAGGUAUAUCUCCUGCAAUGUUAGUAAAUGAAGUUGGGGGAGUAAUCAGUGUGCAGUUGAAUGUUUUGUUACCAUUCCCCUGAAAUGCAAAGGGGGGGAGGGAUGGUGCAAUGGUAAGAGUGUUCACCUCCCACUACUGUGGCCUGGUUCAAUUCCCAGACCUAGUGUCAGAUGUGGGUCGAGUUUGUUGUUGGUUCUUGUCCUUGCUCUAAAGGUUUUUCUCUUAAUUGGACUCCCAGUUGCUGCACUCUCCAUCAUCAUUUCUGAUGCCUAUCCCCCCUCUCUUCCCAUCCCCUCCAUUCCCAUCCCCUCCAUUCCCAUCCUUCCCAUUCCUUCCCUUCCCAUCCCCCUCCUUCCCAUCCCCCCCCUCCUUCCCAUCCCCCCCCCUUCCCAUCCCCCCCUUCCCUUCCCAUCCCCCUCCUUCCCCCAUCCCCCCCUUCCUUCCCUUCCCAUCCCCUUCCCAUCCCCCCCUUCCCAUCCCCCCCCCCCCUUCCCAUCCCCCCCCUUCCCAUCCCAUCCCCCCUCCCUUCCCAUCCCCUAUAAAUACCCAUUUUCAACCUGGUCUUUAUGGAGUCAUACUUUUUUCCCAUCAGGUUGACUGAUGUUCCAUAUGAAUGGUCCUGCUACAGUACUGUUGAAGAAGUUCAGGCUUUGCUUUCCUGUUUGUCAAGUCAGGGUAUCAGGGAAAGUGAGUUAAAGAAGGCUCUCAAAGAAAAAUUGCCAGAAAUCACUGAAGGAAUUGUUAAAAGGUUGGUAUGGCGUGAGGGCCAUAUAAGCUUACCCUUUACACAUAUAUAUUACACAUAUUUUGUACUUAUUUGCUGAGUUGGGGUUUUGGACAGGAAAUUUUUGGCUCAAGGUCUUUACGUAAGGAUUGAGCACAGUGAUGUCCAUACGUCAUAACUGAGAGUAGACUGUGAGCAGUUCCUUCUUUUUGGUGUUUUUUUUCGCUGAUUUUUAUUUUUUUGACGUGUGCGACAGACGACGAAAAGGAGGGGCUGCUUGUAGCCUAAACCAAGAGGCAAAUAUUUUCAGGUGUGGCCCAACUCAACUCACUCAGUAAGCUGUCUUCUUUGUAUUGUAUGACCCUGUCUCUCUGUACCUUUUUUCCCUUUGUUCUUCUAUUAAAUGUGCAUCUGGUGGAGCAGUAGGCAGGCCCAAACUGCCUUUUCCAACCCUACCCAUGCCAUCCUGCAUGGCACUCAUAUUGGAAAGUUUCUCCUUGUGGCAAUCAACGAAAGCACUUGGAAUCCUUCAGGUCAUUUGGCAGAAUUGUGAACUCUCAUUAUAACUCAAAACAUUCACCCUUCAAUUAAUUUUUUUUGUUAGUUUUUGACAUAUUUUUGUCUAUUCAUUUGAUGUCAUCAGGAAUUCUUCAAGGAAAGUUUUAAACCCAGAGACUGGCGAAGAAGUCCCUUAUAGCUCCAUCAAAGAGGUAUGUGUAAUGUCAUGUCACUUCGUGUGUGCUUGGGCUAAGAAACUAAACCGAAAUCAUGCAACAUGAAAAAUAUAUGCAUAACAAGUUGCAAUUUUUUCUCACCUUCCACUCUGCUACUCCAGAGGAAAAAUUCCUUGCCAGGUAUUUUCAAAACAAACAGAAAGUAGAACAAAACAAAUUGUUAAUAUAAAUUGACCAAAAAAAACUUCAGUGCAGAAAAUUUCCCUUCCAUCUAUUUCCGAUUUUUUCUUAUGUUUUGCUGGUAAGUUUUCAAAGGAAGAGCGUCUUUCAUCUUCAAUAAUUUAUUUACUUUACAAUCUUCUUUUAUCAGGAAUUGAAGGACACUGUUGAAAGACUCUUCUAUGGAAAUUUAGCAGAGCUUGAAAGUGGCCUGGAGGAAUAUCUAGAGGGGGUAGAUCAAGCCAAGACUGUCAGUGAUUUGGUAAGACAGUAAACAUUGACCUAUUUGUGAAAAGAAAAAAGAAACGGUAAAAUUUUAGCUUUUUCGAUGAAUCAAGGAAGUUUGCAUUAUUUUUACACACAAUCCUUGGGACACUGCUGGUCCAAGCAGUAUACAGGACACGAGUCACGCAUGAAGCUAGUUACGGCGUAACUCACUGUGGCUCAUUUGUACAGCAUCGGAGCGCGGAGUCCUUAGCUCGAUUCCUCGCGGGAGACCCAGAUAUAUCCUUUGACUUACGCUCAAGAACUUUCAUUAAAAUGUCUUAUGUGAUAGGCCCAGGGGAACCCUAUUUCAGGACUUGGUGUGAAUGUUAUCAAAAUGUUAUUAUUUUCUUUCAAUAAAAUUGGGUUUCGAUAUUUUAUUCCAGGACUGAGGUUCUCACCUCUUGGGUUGCUACAUUUUAGUUUUUCUUGGUCGCAGGAUAACAGGUUUAGACACCCUUGAUCUAUUUAAUAAUCGUUUACCGAGGCUGAAGUUUCUGAACUUGAAUUCCUUUUGGCUCAGGCUUUGCAGCUUGGUAAGUUGUUACAUGCAGUGUUACCACGGUUCUAUCGGGGAAUGUUCCAUUUGGACAACAAAGGAUCUGAAGAAGCCAAACAAAGAUGGUUAGAUGCAGUCAAUAAAGCAACAACAGUGUCUAGAUGUCAUCUGCUACUUGGAAUAUUGGCUUCUCUUGUGAUAUGGGAUAUGUCAGCAGAGCAUGCGGUAUGAAACCCUUUUGAAAAAAUUGAUUGAUUAGGCUAUUGCUAUGGUAACCUCGCAUGUUAAAAAUGAGCACAACUUGUUAAGAAAUAAUUGGGCAUUUUUUUCAAACCAGUACUAAGGAAACAAACAAAAAAAUGUAGAAGCAAUAAUCCGACAAAACGAUCCCACGCGUGAGCUAAGCAAUGUGCACGUGUUGUGUAUCUAUGUUAACCUCGCUAUUGCCUGAUCUCCCGUGAAGGACAAUUUAGGCGAAAAGUUAAUUUAUUAUUAUACUUUUAUUUUCUAUCACGUGUAGCGAUGCAAGAUUUGUGGGCGCAAAGAUAUUGGUAAGACGCUGAUACUGUGUGACCAUUGUAACCAAGGUUACCAUCUGCAUUGUUUACGGCCAGCGCUAUCUAAAGCGCCCGAGGGAGACUGGAGCUGCCCUGUUUGUAAGGUAACAGUCCGUAGCUAGCCGAGUUAGGGGUGGGUAACCUGUGAGCCUUGCUUAAAUCAAUGGGAGUAGUAACGCUGAAUGAAACCUGAAAAGUUAGCAUUUUACUUUGGAUACGUCAAGCGAAAUCCUUAAGGACAGGGGAUCGUGUUUUUGCCAUUUUAAAGGUUUGCAGGAGUUAUGGAAAACCUGGAAGUCAAAGAAUUUUGCAACAUGACUUUUAAGGCUCAGAAAGUCAUUGAAGUAUGAAGAAGAUCCUGGAAAGUCAUUAAAAAUGACUCAUUGACUUUUCUUAGAACAGCGAAUCAAUAAAUAGGUGGAUUGAGAAAUCGGUUUUUCGUUAGGAUUAUUUUGAAACCAACCGCUCGAUCUAAAUUUAAAUAAAGUAUCGGAGAAGCUCUUGGAAAGUCACAGAGAAAGUUCGGAAAAACUACAAACUAUUUUUAACUGUCAAGGAAGAGGGUUUUAGUUUCCGCAAAAUUUUCUUUGGGUUCCUUUUAGGUCGGAAUUUUUCUCGACGGGUUUAAUCGAGAUUAAAGGUUUUUCGUACUUUUAAAAGUACAAAAAAACUGUACUUUAAAAAUUUCGUAGAUUGAGUACUAAGCGUUUACUUUUUUACCCAAAUAAUGUUUGCCUGGUAUAGCUAUCAUAGGCCUUUGUUCGAGCGAAGGAAAGGGAAAACACUUGUGAUGUUUUUCUUUGCACAGCCAAAUGAGAGGGUCAGCAGUCGGACAGGAACCAAGAAUUACAAACAAGAAAGUGGAAGUGAGAUUGAAGAUUCAAAAGAUGAGGUAAGUGUUCACGACGGUUUAGACAACCGACGACUUCCGAAUUUUACCAAAUUAAUCAAUGAAAUAAGUCAGGUUUUACAUGUCGGUGGGUAAUUGAAUUAUUCUCAAAGGUAACAAGCAAUGCUUGUAGGGGUAAGCGGCAAUGGGCUUGCAUACAUUGCAACGGGGAGUCGCAAUAUUGCCAAUCACUUGAUAAUAGGAAAACUGGGCUUACCUUCGGCCGUAAGGACCCUCUUGUUUCUGUACAUUUUACUCGAUCUUAUCCAUUGAUUCUCAUUGAUCAGGCAAGUGAGGCCAGUUUGAAUAGUUGCGAUGAAAAUGAAGAUUACUGCUACACAUGUGGAGAAGAUGGUGACUUGAUCUGCUGUGAUACGUGCCCGCUGGUUUUCCAUAAAACAUGUCAUCAGCCACCUCUUAGGAACAUACCACGGUAAAGUCCCGUUUGCAUCACGCACACGCAGCACUCACAUCACUUGGCUUGUGCCUAGCCUUGUACACUGAAUAACGUUUUUCGACUUUUUAGGGGUGCGUGGAGUUGUUGGUUCUGUCGCCAGCCAAAGGAUCAGAAGAGUGUGAAAGGUACUGCAUCAAAGAACAAAAGAAUCCACUGUUAUUAAAUAUCAUAGUUAGGACAUGAGUUAUAAGGAAAUGAAACUUUAUUUUUUUGGCUCAAUGAUGAUUAAGUCUUUUAACUGUUAAAGCUUCUCAGUGGUUUCAAUAACAUUUGGUACAAAUGGGUAUUUUGAAUAGCAGGCGGGUAGUUCUCAAGUCCUGUAGGGCCUUUUCUUUCUGCGGAGGCUUGGGUUCCCUUGAAGAAUUUUGAAGGUUAAGGCUUUUUUUAUUUUAUUUUCCUUCAUUUUGAGGUAUAUUCCAAUUUAAGUUACCUUCCUGUUCCAAGAUAUCAGCCAAUUUGAAGAGAAUUACACGUAUACUCGGAGUAUAAUGACGCUUAUGCAAAGGCUACAAGCGGGUAGCCAGCGCAUUACGAGCGCAUUACUGGAGGGUUGAUCUGCCCGCUACCUGGCUAAUAUUAUAACCCCUGGUUUCUGCUCUGUGAAGAAUUAUUGCUUAUAGAUUACCACUGAGGUUUGUUGUAACAGUUACAAACAUAAUUUCAUUCAAGUUAUGUGUUGAGUAACUAAUUGAUUGAUUGAUUGAUUUCGCUACAGUUCGUAAAUCAGAGAAGUCCGUAAAAGCCAAAGGGAAGGCGAAAAAGCUUUUAAAGCGAAUGGGAAGCUUUGUAAGAGAAUCUGAGCAGAAGCAACCUCACAUGCGAAUCAAGACGGCGUCGAAGCGAAUUUUUCAGAAGCAUGCACGUGACGGAAGAAAAAGAGCGCGUGAUGCACGUGCCAGAGCUGUUUCAAGAGCCCGUCCAAGUUUGGAGGACAUUUCUGAUGAAGAAAGCAUCGAUGGCCGAGGCAAUCAGAAACCUAGAAGAGUGUCCAGAAGGCUUCAGAGAAUGUACCAACAAGUUUCUGAAGAUGAAUUGGAAGAAAACAGCACAAGGGAUACGAAUGUAAAAUCGUUUUAUGGUAAGACCAACAGAAAAGUGCGCAAACGGGAAGUCUUCUGUGAGGAAGAUGAUGACUUGAUAGAGGAAAGGGAAAGGAAUGCCUGUAGGAAGACGCGUGCGCACAAUAGGCCUCAGAUUUCAGGUUAGUUUGUAUGUUUGUUUUUCUCAAGUUCAACCUUGGUUAGAUGCAUUUCACUGUUUCGUGAGAACACUGAACUAGCGUGCUGAUACGUCAGACCUGGUAUUUUGUCGAAAACAAAUCUCCUUCACUGAUUCCUUGGCCCUCUUUCUGUAGGAAUUAUUUUUUAUCUUGCUUGUUGUUUUACAGAUGUUUCUGAAGAUGAGGGAGACGAUGACGAAGAUUCCGGAAAGGAAAACCGCAAAAUUAGUCCCUUUGCAUCGUUUCAAAAGACUACAUACAGAUCCACGAGGAAUCACCGAAAAGUUCCGAGCUCUUCCGAAGAAUCUGAUGAGAGUGGAUACACUGAAGAUACUGAGGAGCUUAACAAUGGCCGUCCUUCAAGGAAAAAAGGCAAAAAGAACGCGAAGAAUUUAUCUGUAAACAAAGCCGGACGAAAGGCAGCAAGGAAAACUAGAAGAACCGAAGAAUCAUCCGAGAAUUCCAAACGACGACGUGCCAAUGUUGAGGUAAUCAUGAAAGAGUAAUAUUCAAAUGAGUGUCAAAUGUAAUUUGGCAUCGUAGUGGUUUUCAUUUGCUUCGACUCACUUAUAAUUAGAUGAUCUCCACAGAAAGCUCGUACCACUCUCCCAAAAAAUCAAAUGAAAAGCUAAAAACACCAAUCAUGACUUAGUCACCUUUGUUCUUGCGGAUCGGACAUUUUGCUUGAUUUUUUUACAUUUAGUUCUAAUUUGCUCUUCGAAGUAUAUAUUUUUUCCGCUUGUUAUUUUGGUUUUGCUCUUACAACACAUAAUCGCAAGCGGCUCCUAUUUGUAUUUUUGUUUUUAUCUUAUCUUCUAUUUCUUUAUUUUUCCCAUAUUCAGUCUUUGCCUUGAAUUAGAUGUGGCUGUCGUUUUUAGAUUGCUAUCGUUAUGAUGAUUACUACUUUUUCUAUACCUACUCAUCUCGUGACUCACGUAUAUAUCAGGGGAAUUUCCAAUUCGAAGGAGACACAACUCUAACUUAGAAAAUAAUGUAACUCUGUAUUUGGUUUUCUGUUCAGAUGGACACUUGUGAGCAAAUUUUACGUGCACUUGUUCGUCACGAAGACAGCUGGCCGUUUACACAAGCGGUUAAUGUUCGUGAGGUAGGCUAUGACUGUUCCCCCACUGAAUUCUUCAGUCUGAUUUAUUGAAACUAUUAGACAGGAAUGAAAACGAAAAAAUUCUCUAGCGGCGUUCAAGUGAUAGUCAUUAAAUUUGUAGACUAUAACUGGGAAGGUAACUCCGUUGCUUUCCUAAUUUUUUUUUUUUGGUUAGAUCAGUUGUACAAAAAUUAUAUCUACCAAGAUUGCGAUUGGGCUUUCUUUAUUAUCACUUUAGUACGAGUGUUUCUCCACCCGCGUGAAAGUAUGAGGCCUUUUGCAACGCGAGCCCGCGAGAUAUCUACAAGGGAUCUUGCACUUAUAAUUAGUGCCAGUCCCCCGGUAAACCUCUCCUCGACUUGUCUCAAAUCUUCACGCGGGCAGAAAACGCACGUCCUGCAGUACCUAUAAUGAGAACGUGUUCGUGGGCUAAUUUCUUUCUUUUUGAUGUGUCAGUUUGAGAGAACAUUGAUCUUUAUGUGUGAUGGGACGAAUCGCUGGCACAGGAGGUUAAAAGGGCUUAAAAAAAUUCUUUCUUAAAGCAUGUGUGACCAGAUAAAAAUAUAGUCAACUAAUCUAAGACGAAACCUUAUAUAUCUAAUGUUUCCAGGUCCCAGACUACCUGGAUCUUGUUUCAACCCCCAUGGACCUGGGUACCAUCAAAGGAAAACUGAAUAGUUUAGAGUACCCGGAUGUGGACAGCUUUGAAGCUGAUGUUCGGCUUGUAUUUUCAAACAGUGACAAGUACAACCUGGUAAGUAACUAAGAUCUCCAUUGCAUGUCUGCGUUCAACAUUGCUGAUCUUGAAUCUUGAGCUUGUUUUCCCAUACGAGAGUUUGCUAAUACUGGCAUCGAAAUGAACCAAGUCCCAGUGCCAAGUCCCUCAGGGGGCAAGUUGCUCGCGCGUCCUUGAUCUCCGCUGCCCCCUGAGGGACCUGUUGCUUGCAUGGCCAAUCACUGCAUUCAUUUAAUUUAGAAGCCACUAUUUGUUAAGUCGCGCAUUGAUCUGCACUGGUAACAACUCCCUAUUGCCAGUCAAAAAAUUUAAUUUUUUCCAAUUCUUUAAUUUUUCAGAGCACUUCAGAGGUUGGACAAGCUGGCAAGAACCUGGAACAGUACUUUGACAAAAUAUUUGAAGAGAAUUUCUCAAGCAAGGACAGGAAAUCUAAAAUCCAUCGAAAACGAUGAUCAAGAGCUUUAGGCAUAUCACUAGCGACAAAAUACUUGAAAUCAUGAAAGUUGAAUCAGAUCGUUACAUUCAUUUGGUAGCAAUUAGAAAAUAAAAGUCAUUAAUGGAAAUAACAUAAAGAGGAACCGUAGGCGAGAACUUAGCACGUUCAACACAGAUGUGGCUACUUUGAUUUUCGUGUUGAGUUUUUUUAUUUUUGCGAAGAUCAAAAAAAAAAAUGUUGAAAUUACAAUACGUUUAUCACCCGUUCCGUUUUUACCGUUUGUUCCUGUUGUGUUCCGAUAGCCUAAGUUUGUAUCUGGAUAAAUGGUUUGUUCCAACCGUUAGAAAACAAGGCCUGUUAUUUUCUUUUUUAAUUUUUAUAUAUUAAAGCAUUUUUUGAUCCUGAAUAUUUUUUUUCUCAUUACUACUCUGUUAAAUAUUACUUUUUAAAUCCUCUUCAGUUCUUUUCACGAAAAGGAUUGAUCAAUGUGUAAUAAGACAAUAAAGUUUAUGUUUUGGGCCC